AGUCCUCUUCUCGAGCCAGACCUACCUCUUGUUUCCUGCUUAACCGCGAAUAACCGAACAUCAUGUACACCUACACUCCCACUUCCAAGUUCCUCGUUCUGGCUCCUAUCCAGUCUGCUCCGCUUGCUGCUACCAACGAGCAGACCGAGACAAACAUCUCUUCAGUCCGUGAGCGUUCUGACAGCUCGUCGUCCACCACCAGCAGCACCCGACUGAGUCGGGGUGCUGCUGCCCGCCUCCCAGCGGGAUUCCUCUUCCUAGGCUACGACCACCCCACGGCCCUCAGUCCCGGCCUCUGAAUAAGAAGCCUAGCGAUGCUCUCCGCCUUGGAGUCUCGGAUCGCGCUGGACACGAUAUCGUCAUCUCUGAAGUCUUUGGUGGAAAUUUUCUGAUCUUCACGUCGUGUUUUCUAUGCUUGCUGGACGAUUACUGUAUUCUUUGACCAUGACGACUAUGAUACCACUACAGCUCGUUGGCCCGGAGCAAUCAAGGGUCAAAGGGGGGGAAGCGAGGGGCACUGAAGGAUAACUGCCAAGAGACAAAUUGAUACUUGCCAAGCUCUGUGC